AUAGCCCUAGGUGAAAACUGAAGUUCAUACCCGUUGUACCAUCGCAGUCGGAAGAGCGAAUUUUAAAAUAGCAGCGGCAGGACGCAUGAAGAUUUACAAGCAGGGUUUAGAAGCAGUACCUAUUUGUCGGAGCUGCAAGAAAAUAUGAAAGCAACAGUAACUAGCGGAGGCAUUUUUCAGAGAGUUUAUAAGAAUGUGGCGAAGCUUAUUCAGUCGGGGGAGGAGGAGGUCGAUGUGACGGCAUUGCGGAGCAGCCUGCAACAGCUGAAGCUCGAAAAGGAGAGGACCGAUGUGCUAUUGAAGCGGAGGGAAACUCGCCUCAGCUCUCGUCAAACGGUUAAGCCCUUCACCCCUCUCCUGAGGGAUCCUUUGGACAAGUUCCUGCUUCGUGCUUCGGGAAGAUCCAAGAAGCACAAUGCCACAUUUCCUUCGCCAUAUAAACUGUGGUUCCGUGACCACUGGAAUCGGGUCAAAGCUGAGAAUCCAAAUAUUUCAUCCAGGGAUUUGAUGGUGAUAUUGGGAGAAAAAUGGAAGGCUGUGAGUGCAGAAGAGAAGAAACCAUAUGAAGAGAAAUGCGAGUCUGAAAAUAAAGUUCAUGAGCAAGAGAAACGUGAGAUUAAAGCGUUAAAGAUUCUUCAUGAGCAAGAGAAACAAAAGGCAGCACUUGAUCUUCUGCAGCAGUAUGUCCAAUAUAGGAAGGAUGCAGAUGCAAAUGAAAAAAGUAAGAGGAGAGAGAAAGAUUCAGCAAAGCCAAAAAAGGCAAUAACUGCAUAUAUUGCAUUCUGCAAUGAACGCCGUGCAGCACUUCUUGCAGAGAUGCACGAUGGUAGGGAGAUUUUAAAAAUGUUGGGGAGGGAAUGGAAGAACAUGAGCAGAGAAAAGCGUUAUCCAUAUGAACAGAUUGCUGCAGAAGCAAAAGAACAUUAUGAACGUGAGAUAGAGAUGUAUAAGCAAAAGAAGAAUGAGGAAGCAAAUUCAAUUUUCAUGCAAGAGGAGGAGUGGAGAAAAGUAGAAAGAGAGCAAGCACUGAAGCUUUUGAAGAAAAAGGAAAAAGAAGAUAUACUAAGAAAGGGAAAAGAUAUACAAGGAAAGACUGUAGAUGAAAAGAAGCAGCAGAAAGAGAAAAGUACUGAUCCUAACAGACCAAAGAAACCCCCAACAUCAUAUAUUCUUUUCAGAAAUGAGACAAGGAAAAAUCUACUCCAUACAAGGCCUGGCAUCAGCAGCAAAACCAUUGAUGCACUUAUUUAUAUCAAGUGGAAGGAACUGGGAGAUGCAGAAAGGCAAAUGUGGAAAGAUCAGGCAUCAAGCGCCAUGGUACAAUACAAAAGGAAGAUAGAAGAAUACAAUAAAAAAAUGGAGUAGCAAAUAAAGCAACUUGAAAUCUUUUUUAAGGAUUCAUCAAGAACUGCCACUGGAAAACCCUACACCAACCAUUAUAACAUCGUGAUUUGCAUAUUUUCAAAACAAGCAAAGGUUGCUUUGAUUACUUAAGGCUGAAUGUAUUAAAUAUUUUUAGCUUUUGUGGAACAUGUCAGUUUAAUUCCAGGCAGGCAAAAGAAAAAUGAGAUCUACUUUGAUCAAGAGUAAAUGAGACUGGACCACAACAUUGUGGUUAGUCAUUUUUGAAACAAAGGGUACAUUGAUCCCUUAUAGUGGAUACAUGUUCAAUCUUUAUAGUUGAACAUGUCAGUUUUGGUUGAACUUUUCUAAAUCUUGGCUAAUCUUUAUUCAUUGAAUAAUCUU